AUGGAUGAGAUUGUAUUUGUAUUUGGGUCGAACCAAUUACCGGAUGACUUUAACCCAGAAGCGGGUAGUGUUCUGAAACGAGAAAUUAAGCCAUCAAAAUGUGCGAGAAUGAUUGUAGAAUUGCUGUCGAAUCAUUGUUUUCUAUUGACAGGGGCGACAGAUAAGGGGACAAUUGAUGUAUUCCAGCAGGAAGUGGGGGAAAGAUUUUUUAACGAAGUUGUCAAGAACAUCAAAAAGAACAUUAUAUCUACCGAAGGGGCAAUUUUUUUGAUAUGCGAUUUGAACUACUAUUAUGAUUUUAUCGCGAACAAUUUAAGGCAAAAACAAAUUGUUCCCUUGUUUGCAGGGCUAAAAGCGGUAGGGCAAAUAUUUUUGGUGUCAAACAAAGAUUCUAAAGAACUAGGCAAAAUGAUAUGCGAUGUAGGGAAGUUCCAGGGAAUUUUCACGCAGGAGGAGAUAUACGAAUUUGUUCAAAGAAGAGCUGAUUGGUCACGUGUGAGGAAGGACGUCGAAAGAGUGAUGUAUGGAUUAGCUGUUAGUGAUUGUAUAAUUAUGUAG